UUUCGCCUGGGCUCACAGCGAUGGCACGCGUUCGUCGGUUCGUCCGCCCUCAGUGAAGCAAGAAUGAGCGGGCCAGGCAGCAGAUUGUCGGCAUUCAGAUCCCACCUGUCACCGGUCGCAUCUCCAUCAGCCAUCUCACUCUCGCCGACGGUCUCUUCAGCUGGUGCACGUCAUGCAUCGACGAGCAAGCCUCCGAGGCAAGAGCCAGAAGCGAACGCAAAGUACUACAGAUACUGGCUCCCCUUCCAGUCCAGAUGGGCAGAUAACGAUAUGUAUGGGCAUAUGAACAACGCACAGUACAGCUUCUACUUUGACAGUCUGAUCAACCAGUAUCUGAUCGCGCGAUGUGGCCAAACGCCAACAUCAACAGACAAGCCAAUCGGCCUCAUCAUCUCCUCGAGCACAACCUAUCUUUCCAGUCUGGCUUUUCCAUCGCCCUUCAUGGCCGCUCUCAGCGUCGACAAGAUCGGUCGCUCAAGCGUUCGAUACCGUGUAGCACUCUUUCCCGCACGCGCCGCCUCGCAAACAGGUCAAUCCGGCGCGUUGGCGAAAUCAGAGCAAGAUCGGGUGGGCAAAGUGUCGCUUGAACUCGAAGGCGAACAAGCAGCUGCCUUUGGAGAGCUCACGCAUGUCUUUUGUGAUCCUGUCUCUCGUCGGCCGACGGACAUUCCGCCAAACGUGCGCAAAGGACUUGAGGAACUGUUGGUGCCGUAAUGCAGAUGGUCGCAACGACUAGCAUGUACUCGAAGAAGUAUACAUCAUGCAAUGAUCAGCCGACAGCGUAGCGCGAACGUGCACGAAUGGCAGGUCCUCUAGCCAUGAGAAGCCAGGGCAGUGGCACGAGCACAAUAGACACGCCGGCCAGAAGGCCGC